AUGAAUGGAUUUUAUAUGGUUUGGGUGUGUUUUAUAUUUACUUUUAUAGUCUUUGCAGAUAGGAUUUUUGCCUCCGAUCCCCAUCAUGGUGGAUCUUUUGGUGAUUUGAAGAAUUUUAAAAAUGCAGUAAUUGUAGAUGCCGGUUCUACUGGUAUUAGGGUCUAUGUUUACGAAAUUUCUGUCGAAUUUGACUUUAAAUAUUCAUCAGGUUCGUUUGACAAGUCUAGUGUGUUAGUGCGUCCUCAUAUACCUUGUAAAAGCUAUAAAAUAAAUAAUAGCAUUCUUAAACUGCUUAGGGACUCCAAAAUUACGAUAAAUAGCAAUGAGGAUAUAAAAUAUAUGUCAUCUUCAAAUCUCAUCUAUUUGUAUUUCAAGCAGAUGGCAGAUUUUGUCAACAGCCAUAUUGAUAACAAUUAUAGGGGCUUUACUCCCAUAUUCUUUAUGGCAACUGCGGGAAUUCGAAUGCUGGAAGAUGAAGAAUGUCGAUAUUAUAUGAAACAAAUAAGUGCUUUGCUAAAAUAUUUUUUCCCGCAAUAUCCAUUACAUGAAAAUUUAAGCGUUAGAGUGCUUCAAGGCGUGGAAGAGGGAAUAUAUUCAUUUGUAUCGGUCCAGGAGCUUAUGUACAUCCAGUCCAAGGAGAUUAAUAAAGGCGUGAUUUUUGACACGGCUGCUCUUGACUACAAUGAUUUUGACGAUCGUUUAUUGCACAUUUCAGGUUUUAACACGGAUAAAUUGUUUAAAUAUGCCACUAUUAUCGAGAUAGGUGGAGCUUCUGUUCAAAUUGUGUCACCAUUGCCAAAAAAUAUGGUAAAUGGAGAUUGUGCCAACGACUCAUUUUACAGGGCUGGUAGUGGAAUUUUGCCAGUUUCACAAUAUAUGCUAGACGAGAAUAUAUACAAAUUGAAUUAUGACUCCAAUGAAAUUCACCUGUUUUCCAAGAGCUACAUGGGCUUGGGUAAACAACUAGCACUACUACAAUAUUUACACAUGAUAUACAAUAAUCGUACCAACGAAUAUGGAGAGGCGGCGUGUUUACCCGUUGGAUUCAGGGCCUUAUUACCCGAUAUCAUUUCGUCAGAGCUAAAGAUAGAACUGGAUGAGAUUAUAUCGGAGAAGUACGACAGUUAUGGGAACAUGAUCCCAUACAUAAUUGGCACAGGGAAUUACGAUAUGUGUAAUAAGCAAAUUGAUACAUUACUGGAUACAUUGGUAGGUGCUAAGAUGCCAUAUACUAUUCAAGAACAUGUCAGCAUCAUAGGGAUGGAGAACAUAUUUUACACAUUAGAGUGUUUGAAACCUGUUGACGGAUUUCACUUUCAUGAGCACACUAGUGUUGGUAUACUGCAAGAACUUGGCAGGAAACUUUGUCCAAUGAAUAUACUAGGGUUGGAAUCGCACUUUGUAGACCGAACGGAACGAGAAAAGUUACAAACAGCUUGUUUCACUAUCAACCUCAUCGUCAAAAUCCUAAACAAUAUAUUAUCACUCGAUGAAAAUCGCAUAAUUUAUCCAAAACAGACUAUUUUGGGCAACGACCUUACAUGGACACUAGGGGUAUCCAUAUUGGAUAUUCCAAAUUUCAUUAACACAGUCUUUAGGGAUCCAAGGUAA